CAGAUACAAGCGUCUCCUUCGAUUUGGUAUCUUUACGUUGUGCAUGCUGCCAUCCAGCGGCUGCUUUGCGCUAUUACAUCAGCAAACUCAGUCUUUCUGUAUCCGGGUCGGCGGAUCAUGAUGGCGGCCACCGCGGACAAAACAGCCGGCAUGAGUAAAAUGCUGCAGUUUAUGAAACUUAUCGGACAACUGAAAAGGGUGCCGCGGACCGGCUGGGUGUACAGGAAUGUGAAGAAGCCGGAGAGUGUGUCCGACCACAUGUACCGCAUGGCCAUGAUGUCUCUGACCAUCACUGACCCCACAGUGGACAGGGACAGGUGCAUAAAGCUGGCUCUGGUUCACGACAUGGCAGAGUGCAUUGUGGGAGACAUCGCGCCAUCAGAUAACAUCAGCAAAGCAGAGAAACACAGGAGAGAAGAGGAAGCGAUGAAGCAUCUAACGAGUCUUCUUCCGGAGGCUCUCAGACAGGAACUCUACGCACUGUGGGAAGAAUAUGAAACUCAGAGCAGCGCAGAGGCCCGGCUGGUGAAACAGUUUGACCAGCUGGAGAUGAUCCUGCAGGCGCACGAGUAUGAGGAGCUGGAGGGAACACCAGGAAGACUGCAGGAGUUCUUUGACUCCACAGCCGGUCGUUUCCACCACCCGGACGUUCUCCAGCUGGUCAGCUCUAUGAACAAAGAGCGAGAAAGUCACAUGACCAACACAGAUGGCACAAGGACGUCUGAGCCAUUGCAGGCUGCUGAUUCGGUGCCUGAACAAGACCACACAACGUCACACGCUUCCUGACUGUAACACGCACACAGUGAACAGGACUUCUCAGGUAGACAGAGAUGCUGGAUUCAGACAAACAGUCUGUACAGGGACGCACAAGCUGUAAUAUUGUUCUUUUUCUGUCUAAAUCACACCAGUUCAUUGUUUUAGUCAUUGUUUUAUAUGUUUUCAGUUUACACACAUUAUUGCAUAUUUUAAACCUGCAAGACAAAGUUAAAGCAAAGACUGAAGAUUUGAAGUAGCAAAUGACUUUUAAGGAACCGCUACGUUUACAUAUUGUUUAGUAUCGCCAUUUCUUGAUCUUGUGUUUGUGACAGCUUGUGGUUAUUUGAUAUACAUGUACAUCUUUAGUGUUUAUUACUUGAAUGUGAAUCAGGUAUAAAUCUAAAAAAGAUGCGGUCACACUUGGCUCCUGAAAGUAAACUUAGAGGCUUCAAAACCCAAGUUUGGCAUCACAUUUAUAACUGUGGUGAGGGCUCUCAUCUUAACUAGUUUGGUGCUUUAAACUUUUCACCUGUGCUGGUGUGAUUAGAUCUGUGAUUGGCUGAACAAAUAAGGUGGUGGAGUAGGUCUGAUAUCAGUUAUUGUCAAAGAUUCCUUCAGACUGAUCUCAGUCGUUCUGCAUUUUUAAAUUAGACAGAAAUUAUCUGCAAACCUUCCACAGUCUCUGAGACUGACUGGCGGAUGCGACUGUUUGCAGACAGCUUGCCUCCUAAAAGCUGACGUGUGCAAUCAUCGUGCAAUCAAGCAGUUGUGCGUAUGCAACACCUUCAAGCUUUGAGCAAGCAUUUAAUCACCUCAAGCUGCAGCUGGUUUAAGAAGAUGAAAAAAUCAAUACCAGACACUGAUUUCUUUUUAGAUGGAAGGAGGUUGUGGUCCUAUUUUUAUUCAUGACUGAGCUCUUGUCUUGCUCUGAAUUAGAAGGUAGCUUUGUUGAGCUAAGUGUGUCCAGGGAUUUUCUUUUUAGAAAACAUUUUAGUAUGCUGCAGGUAUUAAUGUUUGUUCUGUUUUCCUCAUGCUUUUCCAGAGUGCUGUUGAAACUCUAGAGUGACAUCAGGUUUGGUGCAAACAAUCUUUAUUAUACAUACUAAAGUCAUAAAAACAGUUAUUGAUCAUUCACAUACAGUGUUAUUGUACAUGAUGGUCACAGUUAUGUCUUUUUGUGUUUAUGCUGUAAAGACAUUUAUUACAUAAAAGGUUUAUUGAAAUCAAUUUUCCAAAGACAGAACAGAACGAGUUAUUUUUAGUGAGUCUGUUUCUGUUUAUGGAUUUUAUUGAAUGUAUUUCAAGGGCAGAGCCAAGCAUCUUCUCAUGGGAGAGGACCAAAAACAAAAGUUUAACACAUGAAAGAGAAAGUAAAAACUACAAAACACAAACGAUUAUUUACUGCAAAUAAUACAAAGAUAAAGUAAUACGUUUGCCACACAGAGCAGAUUUGAAUAGUUGCAAAGAUCAUUCUCAUCGUUUACGGCACCAACAUUUUUCAAAGUUAUAGUGACACUGAAUUCAAUUUUUCAGCGUUAAAAUGUUCGUUAAAAUCUGAACUCAUGUAGUUUCACCACGUGCGUAACAGCAUUCGCUGGAUUAAUGCGUCACAUUUACAGCCAAGAAUUGUGCUCCCGAUGAUACGUCAUGUCGCACUGAUGCUUUUUCACAUAUACACCACUGCUUCCUGUAGUUGCUCUCAGUUUGCAUUUAGAUAUUCAAACAGACCCCAGCUGCAACUCCCAGCUCGCUGCGCCUCCCCAACCCCAUGUGUAUAUCAGUACACUGAGUAUAUAUCGUGAAAUGCCGACAACAAAAUGUUUUUAGAUGCCACAGUGAAACCCGAGGAGCUAAAUCUUCUGUAGUAGUGUAAAAUCCUUUAUACAAACGUCACCCAGGAUGUUCAGGUUGAUCACUCACAUUUUUACAGCAUUAAGUAAUAAAAUUACUUAAUUUUUUUUAAUCACAAACAUAUUUCUAGUAAAGAUGUGAAACAGCAGUUUUCUGCUGUCCUAAUAAAGAAAGGUAGCUGUUUUAAAACUCUCAUACUGAUGCGGUGUUGAACAUCUACUGACACUUUUUCCACUCGUCUUAAAUUUGCAUAUCUCACGGAAGAAUCGGCCUUUUGUUUUGUGUCUGGGGAAACCCACCUGUGAUCUGACAGGCGAGUGAACUACAUGAGCACAAAUGUGCCAAAAAGAAGAAGAAGAAAGUACCAGCUCGAUAUGCGGGGUUUAGGUUCAGUCUGUCUCCUGAAGCUGAUGUGUAAUCUGCUCAGACUCGUUUCAUGUCGUGUUUCAGGUCAUUUAAGGCCUAUCUGCUAGCUGCUCCUCCCCAACCCCAUCUCAUCAACAUCUGUGGUGUAACGUGGUUAGGAAACCUCUGGAGGACAGAUGGCAUUCAUCAAAUCCACUUAAAACCCUUCAACACUAUAAGUAGAAGGAAAACAUUAUAGGCUCCUGUGGCGGGGCGUGGCCUGCGGUGCCGUGCAGAGGAGGCGGGCGCACCUGUACGGCAUCUGCAAUCACGCCCCGCCGACUUAAAUAUUGUACUGGGUCCUGUGGUGGUUGUUGUUGUGAUAAUGUUGAGCGGGCAGCGGGAGAGCUGCAGCUCUGUGAGUAUUGUGGACAGCAACCGUGUGAGUCAAUAAAGUGUCGAAAUG